AUGAGCCCGACGUUAACUGUCUCUACACAAAUUGAGAUCGCAGCGACGCCAGCUGCUGUUCGAUCAGUGUUCAUAGACUUCGCUCGGUACACACAAUGGCAGCAAGGAUGGAAAUUUGAACCAGCCGACUCUGAUAAGCAGCCAUUGGACCUGAAGCCUGGUGACGGGCUCAAGGUCAAAAUGAACGGAACUUCGAUGCAACCAAUUGUAAUGAAGAAAAACUCAGUCGAUUCUUUUCAGUGGAAGGGAUCGCUACUCGGGCUCAUGAAAGUUCGAGGAUCAUAUCUGGAGUACCUCACGACCAAUCUCUACUGGAUCUACCGUCCGCCAAAGGCAACGCUGCAAAAGACAACAUCACGGCAUCUAAUAAAGCUCACAGUCGACGAUAUUGAGUUAGUAUCACCGGAUGAGCGUCAAUGCAACUUGAAGAUUGCUCAAGUCACACUCCAAGACACUUGGUACGACGAUGAGGUCAAAAGGGGGUUCUAUUUCCACAGCAGCCAUUCUCAGGGUAUAUGCAGAUUGGACCAUGUACCUAAUCAUAAAGAGAACGGAGUUCUUUCAGCCUGGGCAAACCUUGGACUUGCUCGGAGCUGGAUAGAAGACUGCGAUAUGCAUCAUACAAACUGUCAGCCCAUUAUUCCUGCAGUGCCUUCAGAGGCACUUCAUCCCUCCACAAGAUUCAUCGACGCAAUUUCUGAAUGUCUGGUCUCUUUUGACGAAAUAAACUCGGCAUCCUUCAAAUUUGUGGCCCUCAGCUAUGUUUGGGGGGUUGACUACCAGUUACAGACAACCUCUUCCACGCUCGAAGAUUUUCGGAAGAAACUUCCAGGACCGACAGCCAUUGAUGACAAUCUGAGGUUACCACUGACGAUCAGAGACGCCAUGGACGUGACAAUCACCCUGGGGCACCGCUAUCUGUGGGUCGAUGCGCUUUGCAUAGUCCAAGACUCACCGUCGGACCUUGAGAUCCAGUUGGCACAGAUGGACCGUAUAUACGGCUUGGCUGCGCUCACCAUUGUUGCAAGGGGAGGCAGAACCUCAGAUAGCGGUUUGCCAGGCAUGUCCAGUCCACGGAAUUGGUUGAGCGGUGAGAACAUCAAUUGUGAGAUGAAUGGCACUCUUACUAUCGGCUGUUGGGAUGUUCUAGACAGGAAUUACGAGAAAUACGAAGAACAGCAUGGAGUUUUCGCAGACACGGCAUGCUACAUGUGGCGUGGCUGGACUUUCCAAGAGCAGAUACUAUCCACACGCACUCUCGAGUUCAACCGCCGCCGAAUGGUUUUCUGGUGCGGACACCCAGAACAUGCUGUAGAAUGCGGCGUAGCUCCGAGGACGGAUAUGAGGGACGCUCACCACUUCCGCAGCCAGCCGGCGUGGGAGUACAUGACCAAAGACAUGCUCAUUAGCCGAUGGAGGGCUGUUCGUGAACAUUACUCGACCAGGCACUUUACUUAUGCCGGUGACCGUCGGAAAGCAGUGCUCGGUACGGCCUCGAUGCUGAGGUAUGUGAUUGGCGACAUUGACAGCAGCGGCCACGUUCUCAGUCAGCUUGGCACUGAGUUGCUCUGGCGUAAAACACUGCAUCCCGGCUGGAAUGAAAGUCAACAGUCAGCCAUCAAGUUCUCUUACAGCGCAGUCCCAUUUGGCACGUUUCCGUCUUGGUCAUGGCUCAGUCUAUGGCCGCUGACUUGGCCUAGCGACUAUAAACCGUUUCCCAAGGUAGAAUUGCAAUUACACGAUGCUGGAGUCAGUUCUUUACUCGAGAUACGAGGGCGAGCUCUUGAAGUGAAUGUGAUCGAAGAAGGGGGAGAUGGCGAAAAGGAUAAAGUCAAAGUAUACUAUAAAGAUGGAACUAAUGCAAAGCUCGAGGUUUACCUUGAUCGAUCCUUGGAGGCACAGACGGUAGUUACGUGUGUUCCUAUUGCUUCAGUUAUCCACAGCGGGAAAUUGAUGCCGAAAUGGUGUUAUGGGAUGUUGCUGCUUCAAAAUGUUGACGAGUCGGGUUAUAGAAGAGUCGGGGUUGCGUUUGUGGUGGAAGCUCGAGCUGGCGAGUUCUUACGGCGUAUCGAGUCGGAUGAGGCCCGCCACCUUGUGAUGAGGUGUGUGUGA